AUGGAAAAUAAUGAACCUAAUUUCUCAUUUGAUUACGAUGGAGAAGAUUUCACAGUACAAGUGGGAAAUGAAUCUCUAAGAGGCUGCUAUUGGAUUCCUCAAAAUCGCGUUGUAGAAUUUUUGGUAAUUUAUGUUCACGAUAUUGGAUCAUUUGGCAGCCAAAACCAUGAUGUAUAUGAUGCAAUAAACCAGCGUGGUGGUGCAGUAUUUGUUUGCGAUCACUUGGGCCAUGGAAGAUCCCCAGGACCAAGAUUAGCACUAACAAUACAUGAUAUAACGAAAGAAAUCUCAGCAAUGAUAACUUACGCUAUUAGUACAUAUAAGAACGUCCCAGUUUAUUUAUAUGGUCCAGCUGCUGGAGCUCUUGCGAUUUUAGCUUUCAUACUUGAGAAAUCACAAAAUCAUGAACAUGUUAGUGGAGUUGUUUUAGAAGCUCCAUGGGUUGGAGCUUGGGAACAACGCGAAAUAGGAGUUUUCGAAACAACAUUUUUGUUAUUAAUGAAUAAGAUUAUGCCAAACUACAUUUUCGACUUGAAAUUCACAAGAUAUACAAAUGAAACAUUUAAGAGAUUUAUAGACAUGUCCGAAAAAUGCCCUUUAUACUUCCCUUACAUGACUCCAAAAUUUUACAUAUCAGCAAUGCAAACAAUUACAAAUGUUCGUGCCAGAUACGAAACUUGGCCUAAUAACAUACGCCUACACGUUGCUUGCGCUAGAGAUGAUACAGUUUUCAUUUCUACUCAAGUUAUCGAGUUUAUGAAUGGAAUUAAACGCGCAGUGAAAGCGGCCGAUGGAAAAAUAUAUAAUUCUGGUCACCUUAUUACUAAAGGACGCGAAAGAGAAAGAUUCUUGCAAGAUAUUAUUAAUUUCUUCACUCAGAAUCAAAAGAAAAAAUAA